AUGGGAGACGGAGGAGAAGGCGAGGACGAAGUCCAGUUCCUGCGGACGGAUGACGAGGUGGUCCUGCAGUGCAGCGCCACCGUGCUCAAGGAGCAGCUCAAGCUCUGCCUGGCGGCUGAGGGCUUCGGCAACCGCCUCUGCUUCCUGGAGCCCACCAGCAACGCGCAGAAUGUGCCCCCUGACCUGGCCAUCUGCUGCUUCAUCCUGGAGCAGUCUCUGUCAGUCCGAGCCUUGCAGGAGAUGCUGGCUAACACUGUAGAGGCUGGCGUAGAGUCAUCCCAGGGUGGAGGACAUAGAACACUUCUGUAUGGCCAUGCCAUCCUGCUCCGGCAUGCACACAGUCGCAUGUACCUGAGUUGUCUUACUACCUCCCGCUCCUUGACUGACAAGCUGGCUUUCGAUGUGGGACUACAGGAGGAUGCAACAGGAGAAGCCUGUUGGUGGACAAUGCACCCAGCCUCCAAACAAAGGUCUGAAGGAGAGAAGGUUCGAGUUGGAGAUGAUCUCAUUCUUGUCAGUGUCUCCUCCGAGCGCUACCUGCACCUGUCCACAGCCAGUGGGGAGCUCCAGGUUGAUGCUUCCUUCAUGCAGACUCUGUGGAACAUGAACCCUAUCUGUUCCUGCUGUGAAGAGGGCUAUGUGACAGGGGGACAUGUCCUCCGUCUGUUUCACGGACACAUGGAUGAAUGUCUGACCAUUUCUCCUUCUGACAGUGAUGACCAGCGCAGACUUGUCUACUACGAGGGAGGAUCUGUGUGUACCCAUGCUCGCUCUCUCUGGAGGCUGGAGCCGCUGAGAAUCAGUUGGAGUGGGAGCCACCUACGCUGGGGCCAGCCUCUGCGAAUCCGGCAUGUGACCACUGGGCGGUACCUGGCACUCACUGAGGACCAGGGCCUGGUCGUGGUGGAUGCCAGCAAGGCCCACACCAAGGCCACUUCCUUUUGCUUCCGUAUCUCCAAGGAGAAGCUGGAUGUGGCCCCCAAGCGAGAUGUGGAAGGCAUGGGCCCCCCUGAGAUCAAGUACGGAGAAUCGUUGUGCUUUGUGCAGCAUGUGGCUUCAGGCCUGUGGCUCACUUAUGCUGCCCCUGAUACCAAGGCCUUGCGGCUUGGUGUGCUCAAGAAGAAGGCCAUGCUACAUCAGGAAGGUCACAUGGAUGAUGCCCUGUCACUGACCCGCUGCCAGCAGGAGGAGUCACAGGCUGCCCGGAUGAUUUACAGCACGGCUGGCCUGUACAACCAGUUCAUCAAGGGCCUGGAUAGCUUCAGCGGGAAGCCACGGGGCUCAGGACCGCCUGUUGGCUCUGCGCUGCCCAUCGAGGGUGUCAUUCUGAGCCUGCAGGACCUCAUCGGCUACUUUGAGCCUCCCUCAGAGGAGCUUCAGCAUGAGGAGAAGCAGAGCAAGCUGCGCAGUUUACGCAACCGCCAGAGCCUCUUCCAGGAGGAGGGGAUGCUCUCCCUGGUCCUGAAUUGCAUUGACCGCCUGAAUGUCUACACCACCGCUGCCCACUUCGCCGAAUUUGCAGGGGAGGAGGCGGCUGAGUCCUGGAAAGAGAUUGUGAACCUGCUGUAUGAACUCCUGGCCUCUUUGAUCCGUGGCAAUCGUACCAACUGUGCCCUCUUCUCCACCAACUUGGACUGGCUGGUCAGCAAGCUGGAUCGGCUAGAGGCCUCAUCUGGAAUCCUGGAGGUGCUGUACUGCGUCCUUAUCGAGAGUCCUGAAGUCCUGAAUAUCAUCCAAGAGAACCACAUCAAGUCCAUUAUCUCCCUCCUCGACAAGCAUGGGAGAAACCACAAGGUCCUGGAUGUGCUAUGUUCUCUGUGUGUGUGUAAUGGUGUGGCCGUGCGCUCCAACCAAGAUCUCAUUACUGAGAACUUGCUCCCAGGUCGUGAGCUUCUGUUGCAGACAGAUCUGAUCAACUACGUUACCAGUAUCCGCCCCAACAUCUUUGUGGGACGAGCAGAGGGUUCCACACAGUAUGGAAAAUGGUACUUUGAGGUGAUGGUGGAUGAGGUGGUUCCAUUCCUGACAGCUCAGGCCACCCACCUGCGGGUGGGAUGGGCCCUCACUGAGGGCUAUAGCCCCUACCCUGGAGGCGGCGAGGGCUGGGGAGGCAAUGGAGUCGGCGAUGACCUCUAUUCCUAUGGCUUUGAUGGGCUGCAUCUCUGGACAGGUCAUGUGGCACGCCCAGUGACUUCUCCAGGACAACACCUUCUAGCCCCAGAGGAUGUGGUCAGCUGCUGCCUGGAUCUUAGUGUACCAUCCAUAUCCUUCCGCAUCAAUGGCUGUCCUGUUCAAGGUGUCUUUGAAGCCUUCAACCUUGAUGGGCUCUUCUUCCCAGUUGUCAGCUUCUCAGCGGGUGUCAAAGUCCGGUUUCUCCUUGGUGGCCGCCAUGGGGAAUUUAAAUUCCUCCCCCCACCUGGCUAUGCCCCAUGCCAUGAGGCUGUGCUACCUCGAGAGCGACUCCAUCUUGAACCCAUCAAGGAGUAUCGACGGGAAGGUCCCCGGGGACCCCACCUGGUGGGACCCAGUCGCUGCCUCUCACACACUGACUUCGUGCCCUGUCCUGUGGACACUGUCCAGAUUGUCCUGCCUCCUCAUCUGGAACGCAUUCGGGAGAAGCUAGCAGAAAACAUCCAUGAACUCUGGGCGCUGACUCGCAUCGAGCAGGGCUGGACCUAUGGCCAGGUUCGAGAUGACAACAAGAGGCUGCAUCCGUGUCUUGUGGAUUUCCACAGCCUGCCAGAGCCUGAGAGAAAUUACAACCUGCAGAUGUCAGGGGAGACGCUCAAGACUCUGCUGGCGCUGGGCUGCCAUGUGGGCAUGGCUGAUGAGAAGGCAGAGGACAACCUGAAGAAGACAAAACUCCCCAAAACGUAUAUGAUGAGCAAUGGGUACAAGCCUGCCCCCCUGGACCUGAGCCACGUGCGUCUGACACCAGCACAGACGACACUGGUGGAUCGGCUAGCAGAGAAUGGACACAAUGUGUGGGCAAGAGACCGUGUGGCCCAGGGCUGGAGCUAUAGUGCUGUGCAGGACAUCCCUGCUCGCAGAAACCCUCGCCUAGUACCCUACCGCCUGCUUGAUGAGGCCACCAAGCGCAGCAACCGAGACAGCCUCUGCCAGGCUGUGCGUACCCUGCUGGGUUAUGGUUACAACAUUGAACCACCUGACCAGGAGCCCAGCCAAGCAGAGAACCAGUCUCGAGGAGACCGGACACGCAUCUUCAGGGCAGAAAAAUCCUAUGUGGUACAGAGUGGCCGCUGGUACUUUGAGUUCGAGGCAGUUACCACGGGCGAGAUGCGAGUGGGCUGGGCGAGGCCUGAACUGCGACCGGAUGUAGAGCUGGGAGCUGAUGAGUUGGCCUAUGUCUUCAAUGGGCAUAGGGUAUCCCGCAUGGAUGGCACUGUGGACACGCCCCCCUGCCUACGACUGACCCACCGUACCUGGGGCUCCCAAAACAGUCUGGUAGAGAUGCUUUUUCUCCGACUGAGUCUUCCAGUUCAAUUCUACCAGCAUUUCCGCUGCACUGCUGGGGCCACUCCUCUGGCACCCCCUGGCCUACAGCCCCCUGCCGAAGAUGAGGCCAGAGCCGCAGAACCAGACCCUGACUAUGAAAACCUACGCCGUUCAGCUGGAGGCUGGGGUGAAGCUGAGGCGGGCAAGGAAGGAACUGCUAAGGAUGGGGGCACUCCUCAGCCUGGGAUGGAGGCCCAGCCUGUAAGGGCAGAAAAUGAAAAGGAUGCCACCACAGAGAAGAACAAGAAAAGAGGGUUCCUCUUUAAGGCCAAGAAGGCUGCCAUGAUGACCCAGCCACCGGCUACUCCUGUUCUGCCCCGACUCCCUCGUGAGGUGGUACCCACUGACAACCGUGAUGAUCCUGAGAUUAUCCUGAACACUACCACGUACUACUACUCCGUGAGGGUCUUCGCUGGCCAGGAGCCUAGCUGUGUAUGGGUGGGUUGGGUCACUCCUGACUACCAUCAGCACGACAUGACCUUCGACUUGACCAAAGUCCGGGCAGUGACAGUGACCAUGGGGGAUGAACAAGGCAAUGUCCACAGCAGCCUCAAAUGCAGCAACUGCUAUAUGGUAUGGGGCGGGGACUUUGUGAGCCCUGGGCAGCAGGGCCGGAUCAGCCACACAGACCUUGUCAUUGGCUGCCUGGUGGACUUGGCCACUGGUUUAAUGACCUUUACAGCCAAUGGCAAAGAGAGCAACACCUUUUUCCAGGUGGAACCCAACACGAAGUUGUUUCCUGCCGUCUUUGUCCUGCCCACCCACCAGAACGUCAUCCAGUUUGAAUUGGGGAAGCUAAAGAACAUCAUGCCACUGUCAGCAGCUAUGUUCCUGAGUGAGCGCAAGAAUCCGGCCCCACAGUGCCCACCGAGGUUGGAGGUACAGAUGCUCAUGCCGGUCUCCUGGAGCCGAAUGCCCAACCACUUCCUGCAGGUGGACACCCGGCGUGCGGGUGAGCGGCUCGGCUGGGCUGUUCAGUGCCAGGAACCGUUGACUAUGAUGGCGCUUCACAUCCCCGAGGAGAACAGGUGCAUGGACAUCCUGGAGCUCUCCGAACGCCUGGAUCUGCAGCGCUUCCACUCACACACCCUGUCCCUUUACCGAGCCGUGUGCGCUCUGGGCAACAACCGCGUGGCACAUGCUCUGUGCAGCCACGUGGACCAGGCCCAGUUAUUGCACACGCUGGAGGAUGCGCACCUACCGGGGCCUCUUCGUGCAGGCUACUACGACCUCCUCAUCAGCAUCCACCUGGAAAGUGCCUGCCGCAGCCGGCGCUCCAUGCUUUCUGAAUACAUUGUGCCCCUCACCCCGGAGACCCGGUCCAUCACCCUCUUCCCACCUGGAAGAAGUGCAGAAGAUGGUCCCCGCCGCCACGGCCUGCCUGGCGUUGGAGUCACGACUUCCCUGAGGCCCCCGCACCAUUUCUCACCCCCCUGUUUCGUGGCUGCCCUGCCAGCUGCUGGAGGAACAGAAGCUCCUGCUCGCCUCAGCCCUGCCAUCCCUCUGGAGGCCCUGCGGGACAAGGCUCUGAGAAUGCUGGGUGAGGCGGUGCGAGACGGUGGGCAGCAUGCUCGAGACCCCAUUGGAGGCUCCGUGGAGUUCCAGUUUGUGCCUGUCCUCAAACUUGUGUCUACUUUGCUGGUGAUGGGUGUCUUUAGUGAUGAGGAUGUGAAACAGAUCUUGAAGAUGAUUGAACCCGAAGUGUUCACUGAGAUAGAAGAAGAGGAGGAGGAGGCAGAAGAGGAGGAAGAAGAAGAUGAGGAGGAGAAGGAAGAGGACGAAGAGGAAGAGGCACAGGAGAAGGAAGAUGAGGAGAAAGAGGAAGAGGAAGCAGCAGAAGGAGAGAAAGAAGAAGGCUUGGAGGAGGGGCUGCUCCAGAUGAAGCUGCCAGAGUCUGUGAAGUUACAGAUGUGUCACCUCCUGGAGUAUUUCUGUGAUCAAGAGCUGCAGCACCGUGUAGAGUCCCUGGCUGCCUUCGCAGAGCGCUAUGUAGACAAGCUGCAAGGCAACCAGAGAGGUCGCUAUGGACUCCUCAUGAAAGCCUUCACCAUGAGUGCAGCGGAGACUGCAAGACGCACCCGCGAGUUCCGCUCGCCACCCCAGGAGCAGUCCUUACAGGAGUUAGUAUCCCACAUGGUGGUGCGCUGGGCCCAGGAGGACUUUGUGCAGAGCCCCGAGCUAGUCCGGGCCAUGUUCAGCCUUCUGCAUCGGCAGUAUGAUGGGCUGGGUGAGCUGCUGCGUGCCCUGCCACGGGCAUAUACCAUUUCACCGUCUUCUGUGGCGGACACCAUGAGCCUGUUGGAAUGCCUCGGCCAGAUCCGCUCGCUGCUGAUUGUGCAGAUGGGGCCCCAGGAGGAGAAUCUUAUGAUCCAGAGCAUUGGGAACAUUAUGAACAACAAGGUCUUUUACCAACACCCAAACCUGAUGAGGGCCCUGGGUAUGCAUGAGACCGUCAUGGAGGUCAUGGUGAACGUCCUUGGGGGCGGUGAAUCUAAGGAGAUCCGCUUCCCCAAGAUGGUGACCAGCUGCUGCCGCUUUCUCUGCUACUUCUGCCGCAUUAGCCGGCAAAACCAGCGCUCCAUGUUUGACCACCUGAGCUACCUGCUGGAGAACAGUGGCAUUGGCCUGGGCAUGCAGGGUUCCACGCCCCUGGAUGUGGCAGCUGCCUCUGUCAUUGACAACAAUGAGCUGGCAUUGGCAUUGCAGGAGCAAGACCUGGAAAAGGUCGUAUCCUACCUGGCAGGCUGUGGCCUCCAAAGCUGCCCCAUGCUGCUGGCCAAGGGGUACCCAGAUAUCGGCUGGAACCCCUGUGGUGGUGAGCGGUACCUGGACUUCCUGCGCUUUGCUGUCUUCGUCAAUGGUGAGAGUGUGGAAGAGAAUGCCAAUGUGGUGGUACGACUGCUCAUUCGUAAGCCUGAGUGCUUCGGCCCCGCCCUGCGUGGUGAGGGCGGCUCAGGGCUGCUGGCUGCCAUUGAGGAAGCCAUCCGCAUCUCUGAGGAUCCUGCCAGGGAUGGCCCAGGUGUCCGCAGGGACCGGCGACCGCACUUUGGUGAGGAGCCCCCUGAGGAAAACCGGGUACACCUGGGACAUGCCAUCAUGUCCUUCUAUGCCGCCUUGAUCGACCUGCUGGGACGCUGUGCACCAGAGAUGCAUCUAAUCCAAGCUGGCAAGGGGGAGGCUCUGAGGAUCCGGGCUAUCUUACGAUCUCUUGUGCCCUUGGAUGACCUUGUGGGCAUCAUCAGCCUCCCACUGCAGAUGCCUACACUGGGCAAAGAUGGGGCACUGGUCCAGCCAAAGAUGUCUGCAUCCUUCGUGCCUGACCACAAGGCAUCCAUAGUGCUCUUCCUGGACCGAGUGUAUGGUAUUGAUAACCAGGACUUCUUGUUACAUGUACUGGAUGUGGGCUUCCUUCCUGACAUGAGGGCAGCUGCCUCUCUGGACACGGCCACUUUCAGCACCACAGAGAUGGCGCUGGCUCUGAACCGUUACCUGUGCCUGGCGGUGCUUCCUUUGAUUACCAAGUGUGCACCCCUGUUUGCGGGAACUGAGCACCGGGCCAUUAUGGUGGACUCCAUGCUGCACACUGUGUACCGCCUGUCCCGGGGCCGCUCCCUCACCAAGGCUCAACGCGACGUCAUCGAGGACUGCCUCAUGGCACUCUGCAGGUACAUCCGCCCAUCCAUGCUACAGCACCUGCUGCGGCGCCUGGUGUUUGAUGUACCCAUCUUGAACGAGUUCGCCAAGAUGCCACUCAAGCUUCUCACCAACCACUAUGAGCGCUGCUGGAAGUAUUACUGCCUUCCCACGGGCUGGGCCAACUUUGGAGUCACCUCUGAGGAAGAGCUGCACCUCACACGCAAACUCUUCUGGGGCAUCUUUGACUCUCUGGCACAUAAGAAGUAUGACCAGGAGCUGUACCGCAUAGCCAUGCCUUGUCUAUGCGCCAUCGCAGGGGCCCUGCCUCCCGAUUACGUGGACGCUUCCUUCUCAUCCAAGACAGAGAAAAAAGCCACAGUGGAUGCUGAAGGCAACUUUGAUCCCCGGCCUGUGGAGACCCUCAAUGUGAUCAUCCCAGAGAAGCUCGACUCCUUCAUUAACAAGUUUGCAGAGUACUCACAUGAGAAGUGGGCCUUCGACAAGAUCCAAAACAGCUGGUCCUAUGGAGAGAACAUAGAUGAGGAGCAAAAGACCCAUCCCAUGCUGAGACCCUACAAGACCUUUUCUGAAAAGGACAAAGAGAUUUAUCGCUGGCCUAUCAAAGAGUCCUUGAAGGCCAUGAUUGCCUGGGAGUGGACCAUAGAGAAGGCCAGGGAGGGCGAAGAGGAGAAGACAGAAAAGAAGAAAACAAGGAAGAUUUCCCAAACUGCCCAGACCUAUGAUCCCAGAGAAGGCUACAGUCCACAGCCUCCUGAUCUCAGUGGGGUUACCUUGUCCCGAGAGCUGCAGGCUAUGGCAGAACAACUGGCAGAGAAUUACCACAAUACCUGGGGGCGGAAGAAGAAGCAAGAAUUGGAAGCCAAAGGGGGUGGGACGCAUCCCCUGCUGGUCCCCUAUGACACACUCACUGCCAAGGAGAAGGCACGAGAUAGAGAGAAGGCCCAGGAGCUGCUGAAGUUCCUACAAAUGAACGGCUAUGCUGUUACCAGAGGUCUUAAGGACAUGGAGCUGGACACAUCUUCCAUUGAGAAGCGGUUCGCGUUUGGCUUCCUGCAGCAGCUACUACGAUGGAUGGACAUUUCCCAAGAGUUCAUUGCCCACCUGGAGGCUGUGGUCAGCAGUGGGCGAGUGGAGAAAUCCCCACACGAACAGGAGAUCAAAUUUUUUGCAAAGAUCCUGCUUCCCUUGAUCAACCAAUACUUCACCAACCACUGCCUCUAUUUCCUGUCCACUCCAGCCAAAGUCUUGGGCAGUGGUGGCCAUGCCUCCAACAAGGAGAAAGAAAUGAUCACCAGCCUUUUCUGCAAACUGGCUGCCCUUGUCCGCCACCGUGUCUCUCUCUUUGGGACAGAUGCUCCUGCUGUGGUCAACUGUCUUCACAUUCUGGCACGUUCCCUGGAUGCCAGGACGGUGAUGAAGUCAGGCCCCGAAAUCGUGAAGGCUGGCCUCCGCUCCUUCUUUGAAAGCGCCUCGGAGGACAUCGAGAAGAUGGUGGAGAACCUGCGGCUGGGCAAGGUGUCCCAAGCACGCACACAAGUGAAGGGCGUGGGCCAGAACCUCACCUACACCACUGUGGCCCUGCUGCCUGUCCUUACCACCCUCUUCCAGCACAUUGCCCAGCAUCAGUUUGGAGAUGAUGUCAUCUUGGAUGAUGUCCAGGUCUCUUGCUACCGAACACUGUGCAGUAUCUACUCACUGGGAACCACCAGGAACCCGUAUGUGGAAAAGCUACGGCCAGCCCUUGGGGAGUGUCUGGCCCGCUUGGCUGCAGCCAUGCCAGUGGCAUUUUUGGAACCUCAGCUGAAUGAGUACAAUGCCUGCUCCGUGUACACGACAAAGUCACCGCGGGAGAGGGCCAUCCUGGGGCUCCCUAACAGCGUGGAGGAAAUGUGUCCUGACAUCCCAGUGUUGGAGCGGCUCAUGGCAGAUAUUGGAGGACUGGCCGAGUCGGGGGCCCGCUACACAGAGAUGCCACACGUCAUUGAGAUCACCCUCCCCAUGCUCUGUAGCUACCUGCCCCGCUGGUGGGAACGUGGGCCCGAGGCUCCCCCACCAGCCCUGCCUGCCGGGGCCCCGCCUCCCUGCACAGAGGUCACCUCUGACCACCUCAACUCUCUGCUGGGGAACAUCCUGCGAAUCAUUGUCAACAACCUGGGGAUCGAUGAGGCCUCAUGGAUGAAGCGACUUGCUGUGUUUGCUCAGCCCAUCGUGAGCCGUGCUCGGCCGGAGCUGCUUCGCUCCCACUUCAUCCCCACCAUAGGGCGGCUGCGCAAGCGGGCAGGGAAGGUGGUGGCUGAGGAGGAGCAACUGCGCCUGGAAGCCAAGGCCGAAGCAGAGGAGGGCGAGCUCCUGGUGCGAGAUGAGUUCUCAGUCCUCUGCCGGGACCUGUAUGCCCUCUACCCACUGCUCAUCCGCUAUGUGGACAACAACAGGGCGCACUGGUUGACAGAGCCCAAUCCCAACGCAGAGGAGCUAUUCAGGAUGGUGGGCGAAAUCUUCAUCUAUUGGUCCAAGUCCCACAACUUCAAGCGUGAGGAGCAGAACUUCGUGGUCCAGAAUGAGAUCAAUAACAUGUCCUUCCUGACUGCUGACAACAAAAGCAAAAUGGCCAAGGCGGGAGAUGUACAGUCAGGUGGCUCGGACCAGGAACGGACCAAGAAAAAGCGCCGGGGGGACCGGUACUCUGUGCAGACCUCACUGAUCGUGGCUACACUCAAGAAGAUGUUACCCAUUGGCCUGAACAUGUGUGCCCCCACUGACCAGGACCUCAUUGGGCUGGCCAAGGCCCGCUAUGCCCUGAAAGACACAGAUGAGGAGGUCCGAGAAUUCCUACAAAACAACCUCAACCUGCAGGGAAAGGUUGAAGGCUCCCCAUCUCUACGCUGGCAGAUGGCCCUGUAUCGGGGCCUCCCAGGCCGGGAGGAGGAUGCUGAUGACCCAGAGAAAAUUGUACGCAGAGUCCAGGAAGUAUCUGCAGUUCUCUACCACCUCGAGCAGACCGAGCACCCUUACAAGUCCAAGAAGGCAGUGUGGCACAAGCUCUUGUCCAAACAACGUCGGCGGGCAGUUGUGGCCUGUUUUCGCAUGACACCCCUGUACAAUCUGCCCACACACCGGGCAUGUAACAUGUUCUUGGAGAGCUACAAGGCUUCAUGGAUCCUGACUGAGGACCACAGUUUUGAGGACCGCAUGAUAGAUGACCUUUCAAAAGCUGGGGAGCAGGAGGAAGAGGAGGAAGAAGUAGAGGAGAAGAAGCCAGACCCCUUGCACCAGUUGGUCCUGCACUUUAGCCGCACUGCUCUGACUGAAAAGAGUAAACUAGACGAGGAUUACCUAUACAUGGCAUACGCUGACAUCAUGGCAAAGAGCUGCCAUAUGGAGGAGGGAGGGGAGAAUGGCGAAGCUGAAGGAGAAGAAGAGGCUGAGGUGUCUUUUGAGGAGAAGGAGAUGGAGAAGCAGAGGCUGUUGUAUCAACAGUCACGGCUGCACAACCGGGGGGCCGCUGAGAUGGUACUACAGAUGAUCAGUGCCUGCAAAGGUGAAACGGGCGCCAUGGUGUCCUCCACCCUGAAGUUGGGCAUCUCCAUCCUUAAUGGAGGCAAUGCAGAGGUGCAGCAGAAAAUGCUGGACUACCUGAAGGAUAAGAAGGAAGUGGGCUUCUUCCAGAGUAUCCAGGCACUCAUGCAAACAUGCAGUGUCCUGGACCUCAAUGCCUUUGAGAGGCAGAACAAGGCAGAGGGGCUAGGCAUGGUGAAUGAGGAUGGCACUGUCAUCAAUCGCCAGAACGGAGAGAAGGUCAUGGCUGAUGAUGAAUUCACACAAGAUCUCUUCCGGUUCCUACAGCUGCUCUGUGAGGGACAUAACAAUGAUUUCCAGAACUAUCUUAGGACACAGACAGGAAACACAACUACUAUUAACAUCAUCAUUUGCACAGUGGACUAUCUCUUGCGGUUGCAGGAAUCCAUCAGCGAUUUCUACUGGUACUACUCAGGCAAGGAUGUCAUUGAGGAACAGGGCAAGAGAAACUUCUCCAAGGCUAUGUCAGUGGCUAAACAGGUGUUCAAUAGCCUUACAGAGUACAUUCAGGGCCCCUGCACUGGGAACCAGCAGAGCCUGGCACAUAGCCGUCUCUGGGACGCCGUGGUAGGAUUCCUACACGUGUUUGCCCACAUGAUGAUGAAGCUUGCUCAGGACUCCAGCCAGAUUGAGCUGUUGAAGGAGCUGCUCGAUCUACAGAAGGACAUGGUGGUGAUGCUGCUGUCCCUACUGGAAGGGAACGUGGUGAAUGGCAUGAUCGCCCGGCAGAUGGUAGACAUGCUCGUGGAGUCCUCAUCCAACGUGGAGAUGAUCCUCAAGUUCUUCGACAUGUUCCUGAAACUCAAGGACAUUGUGGGCUCCGAGGCCUUCCAGGACUAUGUCACUGAUCCCCGGGGCCUCAUCUCUAAGAAGGACUUCCAGAAGGCUAUGGAUAGUCAGAAGCAGUUCACUGGCCCGGAGAUCCAGUUCCUGCUUUCCUGCUCUGAAGCAGAUGAGAAUGAGAUGAUCAACUGUGAGGAGUUUGCCAACCGCUUCCAGGAACCAGCUCGUGACAUCGGCUUCAAUGUGGCAGUGCUGCUGACCAACCUGUCCGAGCAUGUGCCACAUGACCCACGCCUGCGCACCUUCUUGGAGCUGGCUGAGAGUAUCCUUGAGUACUUCCGGCCCUACCUGGGCCGCAUCGAGAUCAUGGGAGCCUCACGACGCAUUGAGAGGAUCUACUUCGAGAUCUCAGAGACCAACCGCGCCCAGUGGGAGAUGCCCCAGGUGAAGGAGUCCAAGCGCCAGUUCAUCUUCGACGUGGUGAAUGAGGGCGGUGAGUCGGAGAAGAUGGAGCUGUUCGUGAGCUUCUGUGAGGACACCAUCUUUGAGAUGCAGAUUGCAGCACAGAUCUCGGAGCCUGAGGGGGAGCCAGAGGAGUCGGAGGACGAGGGUGCCACUGAGGCUGGCACAGAAGUUCCCGAGGAGGGAUCGGCAGGUCCCGAGGGCACCACAGGCGCAGUGGCAGCUGGUGUCACUGCGAGGUUGGCAGCUGCCAUGAGCCGGGCGCUGCGGGGUCUUAGUUACCGCAGCCUGCGGCGGCGGGUGCGGAAGCUGCGACGGCUGACAGCGAGGGAGGCGGCCACGGCGGUGGUGGCACUGCUCUGGGCGGUGGUAACCCAGGCAGGAUCAGCAGGUGCUGGGGCAGCAGCAGGCACACUGCGCCUCCUCUGGGGCUCCCUCUUUGGCGGUGGCUUGGUAGACAGUGCCAAGAAAGUGACCGUCACUGAGCUCCUGGCGGGCAUGCCUGACCCCACUGGUGAUGAGGUGCAUGGCCAGCAGCCCACAGGGCCAGGUGGUGAUGCAGAUGGUGAAGGCGAGGGUGAGGGCGAGGGUGACACCCAGGAGGGUGCAGGUGAAGAAGAGGCGGCAUCGGAUGAGGCCCGACAGGGCGGUGCAGACCGGGCUGUGGCUGUGGCCGAUGGGAGUCCUUUCCGGCCUGAAGGGGCUGGUGGUCUCGGGGACAUGGGGGAUACGACUCCAGUGGAGCCACCUACGCCUGAGGGUUCCCCGAUCCUCAAGAGGAAGCCGGGGGUGGAGGGAGAAGAGGAAGAAGAACAGCCUCCAGAACCAGAGCCAGAGCCUGAACCAGAGAAAGCUGAUACUGAGAACGGGGAGAAGGAAGAAGUCCAAGAACCCCCACCAGAGGAGCCUCCCACGAAGACAGCACCCCCUCCACCCCCUCCGAAAAAGGAGGAAGCUGGAGGUGCAGGCUUGGAAUUCUGGGGGGAGCUGGAAGUGCAGAGGGUGAAGUUCUUGAAUUACCUCUCCCGGAACUUUUACACUCUGCGGUUCCUUGCCCUCUUCUUGGCAUUUGCCAUCAACUUCAUUCUGCUGUUUUAUAAGGUCUCAGAUUCACCACCAGGAGAGGAUGACAUGGAGGGCUCAGCGGCUGGAGAGAUGUCGGGAGCAGGGUCUGGCGGUGGCUCUGGCUGGGGCUCAGGGGCUGGUGAGGAGGUAGAAGGUGAUGAGGAUGAAAACAUGGUAUACUAUUUCCUGGAAGAGAGUACAGGCUACAUGGAACCUGCUCUGCGGUGCUUGAGUCUGUUACACACACUGGUGGCCUUCCUCUGCAUCAUUGGCUACAACUGUCUUAAGGUGCCCCUGGUGAUCUUUAAACGGGAAAAGGAGCUAGCCCGCAAGCUGGAGUUCGAUGGCCUUUACAUCACAGAACAGCCUGAAGAUGACGAUGUGAAGGGACAGUGGGACCGCCUGGUACUGAACACACCGUCUUUCCCCAGCAACUACUGGGACAAAUUUGUCAAGCGGAAGGUUCUGGAUAAACAUGGGGACAUCUUUGGGCGAGAGCGGAUAGCAGAGCUGCUGGGCAUGGACCUGGCCUCACUGGAGAUCACUGCCCACAGUGGGCGCAAACCUGAGCCUCCACCGGGGCUGCUCACCUGGCUCAUGUCCAUCGAUGUCAAAUACCAGAUAUGGAAGUUUGGAGUCAUAUUCACAGACAACUCUUUCCUAUACCUCGGCUGGUACAUGGUAAUGUCUCUCCUGGGUCACUACAACAACUUCUUCUUCGCUGCCCACCUCCUGGACAUCGCUAUGGGGGUGAAGACACUGCGAACCAUCCUUUCCUCCGUUACCCACAAUGGGAAGCAGCUGGUGAUGACCGUGGGCCUCCUGGCUGUGGUAGUCUAUCUGUACACCGUGGUGGCCUUCAACUUCUUCCGCAAGUUCUACAACAAGAGCGAGGAUGAGGACGAACCGGACAUGAAAUGUGAUGACAUGAUGACGUGUUAUCUAUUUCAUAUGUAUGUGGGUGUCCGGGCCGGCGGAGGCAUAGGAGACGAGAUCGAGGACCCGGCAGGGGAUGAGUACGAGCUCUAUCGUGUGGUCUUCGACAUCACCUUCUUCUUCUUCGUCAUCGUCAUCCUGCUGGCCAUCAUCCAGGGUCUGAUUAUUGACGCUUUUGGGGAGCUCCGAGACCAACAAGAACAAGUGAAGGAGGAUAUGGAGACCAAGUGCUUCAUCUGUGGAAUAGGCAGUGACUACUUCGAUACAACACCACAUGGGUUUGAGACCCACACACUAGAGGAACACAACCUGGCCAAUUACAUGUUUUUCCUGAUGUAUUUGAUAAACAAGGAUGAGACUGAACACACAGGGCAGGAAUCUUACGUCUGGAAGAUGUACCAAGAGAGAUGUUGGGACUUCUUCCCAGCUGGCGACUGUUUCCGCAAGCAGUAUGAGGACCAGCUUAGCUGAGAGCCUUCUUCCCAGCUGGCCCUCACCCUGCCCCCAGCCACCACUUCAAGUGCCUUAUUCUCAUUGCAAGUCCUUAGCCCCAAAGCCCCUGCCCCCAGGCAGCUGGGGAGGAGGGGGAGAGGUGCCCUUGUACUUGGAA